UCAUGUGAGAAGCGCAUCGUCGCACACCCUUUCCCAAUCCUUCUCCGUUCCUUUCUCUUGCUCUAGGGUUUCCUGUCGCCUCCUUCUUCCCGGUGAUCGAUUCUGGCCGUUUUCUACGUCGAUCGAGGGUAUGCUCUUCGAUCUUGGACGCAUAGGGUUUGUCUACGCCGUCGCCGUCGCCGCCGCCGAUCGAUCGAUUCCUAGGGCUUCGGUGCUUCCUGCGCCGCUCUCGUCAUGAUCUCUGUCAUGAGCGAGCGGGAGAUCGACCGUGGUUCCGCCGCUGCCUCCUUCGGGAUGGGAAAUCCACAGGAAGGGCCUGCAAGUGAUGAGGCGGCGGCUGAUGGAGUCGGCCGUGGUUCACGUGAAUCUAGGGUUCCGAUGGAGCUCGACCUGGUGGAGCGAAAAAUCGAGGUCGAUAGUAUGGUUCUCGAGCGUGGCGAAGCGGAUCUUUCUCGAUCUCCCAAGGACGCUCCCGGAGGUGAGGACGCGGCGAUGGAUGAGGCUAGGGUUCCUGAAUCUGAUGUCGCCGAAGGGGUUUCUGCUUCUGCUGGUGCUGGAGCGAUGCUCGUGAUGGCAGAUCCGGAGGGAGGUAGUGAUUUCGAUGAGGGCUUGCUGUCGGAUGAGGUUUCGGUCUCGAAUGGUGCUACGAUUCUCCAAGGGGCUGUUGGAAACUGGAUGAAUGGGUUCGAGCUGGGUGACAUGGUGUGGGGGAAGGUAAAAUCGCACCCGUGGUGGCCUGGUCAUAUCUUCAACGAAGCGUUUGCUUCAGCUUCUGUCAGGAGGACGAAAAAAGAAGGCCAUUUUUUGGUGGCCUUCUUCGGGGACAGUAGCUACGGAUGGUUUGAACCUGCUGAGCUUGUCCCUUUCGAUCCCCACUACGAGGAGAAGUCUAAGCAGACCACCUUGCGGCCCUUUGUCAAGGCUGUCGAAGAGGCAGUUGAUGAGGCAAGCAGGAGAGAGGCUCUUGCUCUGACUUGCUACUGCCGAAACCCAUUCAAUUUCCAGCCUGCUCGUGUACCCGGAUAUUUUUAUGUUGAUGUUCCAGGGUUUGAGCUCGGGGGAAUUUACUCAUUAAAGCAAGUCAAUAGCGCGAGAGACAAGUUUGUACCUGUCAUGGCGCUCUCCUUUCUGCAACAAACAGCUACGAGUCCUUUAGCAGAUGACCCUGCUUGCAUAGAUCGGAUGAGAAAUGUUGCGAUGAUGCUUGCUUACCGGAGAGCAGUGUUUGAGGAGUUUGAUGAGACAUAUGCACAGGCAUUUGGUGUGGAGCCAGUGCGCCCAUCUCGACGCACUGGGGCUAUGCCAGAUCAGCUCGAAAGAUUUGCCCCUCGAGCGGCUCCUCUGAGCGGUCCACUGGUGCUGCCAGAGCCGUUGCGCCACAAGAAAAGCUCCUCCCAUAAGCUCGUACACAAAGCCGCCAAGGUCCCGUCAGCCAAGAAGAACAAGUACGUACUCAAGCGAAGGGACGAACGAGAGCCCGCGAGCGCCAGCGUCGGCCCCCCGAAGCCCUCUUUGCCGGAUGUUCCAUCGCCCGUUCAAUCCCACCGCAACCACUACAACCUCUUCCCUGCUCAGCAGCAUCAACAGACGCCCGCCCAUCACGCCCCGCACGCCCACCCGACCCUCGUCUUCCAGGAUGCCUCGUGCCCGCCGGCCUCGGCGCCGGGCGGCUCCAACCUCGGCGACUACGUGCUACAGAAGAGAGCUCCUGCUGGCGCCGCCGAUGAGAAGCCGCCACCGCAAACUUCUCAAGAUGGAUCGGUCUCGGAGCAGACAGCCUUACCGGCGGCCGCGGACGCACCCGCUGUUAGACAAGUAUUCGAUGAAGGGAGGUUGAAAACCGAGCCACCGAGACAGUUGAGUGAGAUCGCACACAGAAAACUAGACCCUACCGUCAGCGGCGCUGCUUAUUCAAGUGCUGAUGCUAAACCCGGGUAUGGGCCGGGGUCGUUGGCACUCCGAACUUCACAAGUUGGUGGAAUCAUGAAGGAGAAGAAGAUCAAGAAGCGCCUGCGUGAGGAUGGUAGCUCUGCUGAAUCCGGUGUCACCGGCCAGGCGAAAAAGAAGAAGAAGAAAAAGAAGGUACAGAGCAGUGAGAUCGGCGUACCAGAUCAUGUGAAAGCGUCUACGAUUGAGGAUCUUUAUAGGAGAUCAGCAGCGGCCAAGCCCGUCAGCAUGGAGCCGGAGUUGCCGAGAAGGGAAGAUGAAGUUGCACCCACCACGGAACCCUCUGCUGUGGCUGUUCGACAUCCCGACAUCGACUUGAGCUUACGUGAUCUGCAACUCCCGGAGCUGGUGAGCGACUUGCAAGAGCUAGCGCUAUAUCCUUUCUAUGGGAUCGACCGUGAUGCCCCCUGGGUAGCGCUUCAUGUCUUCCUCAAUUUCCGUUCUUUGGUCUAUCAGAAAAGCUUGGGCCUUCCACCGGCCAGCGAGGCCGACGCGCCGGAGGUCCCAGCCGUUAAACCAUCAGCUGCUUUGCCACCGCCGCAGGAGCCUGUUGUAGUAAGUGCUGUGGUUGCUCCGGCAAAGGUGACGAACGAGGAGACGGCGCCGACCUCCAUUUCUAAACCACCGAAAGCCAGUUUCAGGCCUGAUGAUCCCACUGUUGCCGGACGCAAACGAACCGCAUCUGAUCGACAGGAGGAGAUGAGCGCUAAGCGGCAGAAGAAGCUGGACACGCUCAAAGCUUUGGCUGGUGAAAAGAAGGCAGCCAUCGGCCACAAGGGACUCGAGGGCCCGCAGCGGGGGCAGAAAGACCCCGUCGCCGCGACGACGUCUGCGGCUGCGUCAGCGGGGCCGGCGAAGCCCAACGACAGGGCGGCGGAGCCUGUCAAGAAACAAGAGCCGCCGCCUCCGCCUCGGCUGCCCUCUCCGACCACCCUCGUGAUGAAGUUCCCGCUGAGGACGACGCUGCCUUCCGUGGCUUCCCUGAAGGCAAAGUUCGCCCGGUUCGGGCCGCUGGAGCUCUCCGGGACCCGCGUGUACUGGAAAUCCUACACUUGCAAGGUGGUGUACAAGUUCAAGCCGGACGCCGAAGCCGCACUCAACCACGCGAGGAGCAACCAGAUGUUCGGCCAGGUGAAGGUCUACUACUAUCUCCGCGACGCCGACGCGCUGGCGCCCGAGCCAUCCUCUGAAGCUGUCGGGCAGAGGUCGGAGUCGCGCCUCGUCGAGAGUAACCAAUUCAGACCUGGAAGCGGGGCAGGCGUCGGCGUCUCAUUCGGUCCGUCGAGGCCUCCGUUGAAUCUGACCCAAAAGCCCGCGGGGCAGCCGAAAUCUAUUCUAAAGAAGCCCAGCGACGAGGCAGCACCGAGCGGUGGUGGAAGAGAAGCUCCCCGCGUAAAAUUCAUGUUGGACACUGUUGAUGGUAAGGCAGAACUGCCUGCGACAGUGGUGGUCGCCGGCAACAACAACGAUGUCCGUAGCAGUGCAGAUACCUCCUCCGCAGUAGAUCCCGUCAUCGGCAAGGCUCCCAGGUCAGUUCGUUUUCUUCCGCCACCGUCUUCGAGUCGCCCACUCAUACCGUUUCCACCGAGAGCAGACAGCCCUUACAUUCCUCCGCCACCUGCCUCCCUCGGCGUGGCGGAGAGGGUGCUUCCGCCGCCCCGUCCGCAACGUAAUCUCAAUGGGGUUGAAGAAGAAUCGGGAUCCAGCGAGCAAAGAGGGAACGCGAACAAGGCCUUCGCCGACCAAAUGCUGAGCCUCCUGUUUAGGUGUAGGGAUAUCGUGAGGAACGUCAAGUCGUCUCUAGGCUACGUUCCCUACCACCAGCUAUAGGAGCGUUGCUUGUUUAGAUGAUGCAGCUUCUCCAUUUAACGUCCGACGGAUUUAGUCGUACUCUUGUGGGGGGAUUAAAGCUUCCACUGUUAUUUCUAUAGACUUUCUGUUGUUUUGCUUGUGACUGUUGACGGUGGCGUUGCAGUAAAAUAAUACAACAAUCCCAUGUCUUGCCGGUGUUGACGUUGAGUUGGA